AGAAUGAUUCCUAAGUGAUAAAAUUUUGUUUUCAUAUUUUAGCUGUGACUGUGACUCAUUGUACAUGCUCCUGAAAUCUUAACUGAGUAAUUACAUAAGAAAUUAGUUUUUAAAAUUUAUUGGUGUAAAUAAUAUUAAAAAUAUCUAUAAAAUGUCGCAGUGGAAAGAUUUUGCUAGUCGCAUACCAAAAGGCAGCGGUGGGGGAAUUGCGACUGGCUUAAAACUUCUAAUAGCUGCUGGAGGUUUAGCUUAUGGGGCUUCUCAGUCUGUUUACACCGUUGAUGGUGGUCACAGAGCCAUUAUAUUUAGCCGAAUUGGAGGUGUGAAAAAUGACAUAUACAAAGAAGGCCUUCAUUUCAGGAUACCUUGGUUUCAAUAUCCUAUUAUCUAUGAUAUCAGGGCCAAGCCUAGAAAGAUCUCAUCUCCAACUGGUAGUAAAGAUCUUCAGAUGGUUAACAUUUCCUUGAGAGUUUUAGCUCGACCUGACAGCGCUAAUCUCCCCCAUAUUUAUCGAAUGUUGGGUACAGAUUAUGAUGAACGUGUUUUGCCUUCUAUUUGUAAUGAAGUUUUGAAAAGUGUUGUUGCAAAGUUUAAUGCCUCACAGCUGAUUACACAACGUCAACAAGUCUCCCUACUAGUUAGAAAAGAAUUGAUAGAGCGAGCCAGAGAUUUCAGUCUUAUUCUGGAUGAUGUUUCUAUUACUGAACUUAGUUUUGGAAAAGAAUAUACAGCUGCUGUUGAAGCUAAACAAGUAGCUCAACAAGAAGCUCAAAGAGCAGCUUUUGUUGUUGAACAAGCCAAGCAAGAGAGGCAACAAAAGAUUGUGCAAGCCGAAGGUGAAGCUGAAGUCGCUAAAAUGUUAGGUGAUGCAAUUUCUAAGAAUCCAGGUUAUUUGAAACUAAGGAAGUUAAGAGCUGCUCAAAACAUUGCCAGAACUAUUGCCGCUUCACAGAACAGAGUUUAUGUGAAUGCCAAUGCACUGAUGUUGAACAUUGCUGAUAAAGAUUUCGAUUUAGUAGACCUAGGAGUUUAUAAGAAGUAACAAUCAUUUUAUUAAAAGCAAAGCAUACAAGUAUCAAAACAAAUAACAUAGACUGUAAUUUUUUUUUCAAAUAAAAGUUUAAUAAUAGAUGUUAAUUACAUCAAUUGUUGAACAGAUUUUUC